UCCAUUUAUAAAGGACAACACACUUGGCUCCAUGAACUCACACACUCACUCAACCCAAAUCCAUUUGCUUAAUUUCUCUUCUGUUAUCUCAUAAUUCCCAUGGCCUCAUCAUCAUCUUCUUCUUCUUCAUCUUCUUCUUCUCUAAUGUUUACAGUGCGAAGAUGCCAACCCCAGUUGGUAGUUCCUGCUAUCCCCACUCCUCACGAAGUUAAGCCACUUUCCGACAUUGAUGAUCAAGAAGCCCUGCGUUUUCACAUUCCCUUCAUACAAAUUUAUCGAAAGAAAGCAUCCAUGGCAGAGAAAGACCCAGUUCAAGUCAUUCGCCAAGCACUCUCCCAGACACUUGUCUUCUAUUACCCGUUUGCGGGUAGGCUUAGGGAGGGGCCUCACCGCAAAUUGAUGGUGAACUGCACCGGAGAAGGUGCCAUGUUCGUUGAGGCCGAUGCAGACGUCACACUCGAGCAGUUCGGCGAUUCUCUCCAGCCUCCAUUCCCAUGCUUCCAUGAACUUUUAUACCAUGUUCCUGCCUCACAACAAAUUACCAACACUCCCCUUCUACUCGUACAGGUGACACGCCUUAGAUGCGGUGGUUUCAUCUUGGCCUUCUGCUUCAACCACAUCAUGUGUGACGGAGCUGGUCUUUCACAAUUCAUGAGCACGUGGGCUGAAAUGGUUCGUGGUCCAACCGAACCUUCCAUUCCACCUGUGUGGUGUAGGGAACUCCUGAUGGCAAGACAUCCACCUCGUAUUACAUGCAACCAUCGCGAAUUCGAACAUGUCCCAGGCACAGUCAAAGGAUCAAACCAACAUGACAUGGUCCUUCGAUCGUUCUUCUUUGGACCUUCCCAAAUAGCUACUAUUCGUGGCUUGGUUCCACCCCACCUUCGGCACUGCACAACGUUUGAUCUCAUCACGGCAUGCUUCUGGCGCUGUCGUACAAAAGCAUUGCAGAUAGAGGCAGACGAGGAUGUUCGCAUGAUGGUGAUAGUGAAUGCACGUGCAAGGUUGAAUCCUCCUUUACCAGUUGGCUACUACGGCAAUGCUAUUGCAUACCCUGCAGCAGUUACGACUGCAGGGAAGCUUUGUGAAAAUCCGUUUGGGUAUGCUGUGAAUUUGAUAAAUAAAGUGAAGGGUGAGGUGACAGAAGAGUACGUGCAUUCUGUGGCGGAUCUAAUGGUGUCUAAGGGACGGUGCUCUUUCACAACGGUGAGAUCUUUCAUUGUGUCCGAUCUGAGACGUUUUAGUUUCAGAGAAAUUGAUUUUGGUUGGGGUAAAGCAUUGUACGGUGGAAUAGCCAAAGCUGGAGCUGGAGCAUUUCCUGCAGUAAUAUAUCUGACAUCGCAUGAGAAUGCAAAUGGAGAAGAAGGUGUAGUGAUACCAAUUUGGUUGCCUGCCAAAGCCAUGGAAAGGUUUGAACACGAGUUAAGUGACAUGCUUCGAAACUAAAACCAACCUACUUCCAUUUCUUUUUGAUGUUUAUAUACUUUCUAUGUAAUUAAGAGAAUUUUGGUUUAUAUUCUAGAAUAUUGACCAAAACCAAACUAAAACUAGGAGUCCUAGUUUAAUCCUGUCUACCUAUAGCUUGUUAAUAGCUUAUGAAAAUAAUAAAUUUUGAAAUACCAAA